AGUGGAAUGUCGGCCUCGAGUGACGCUUUAAGAGGGUCUUCCCUGAAGGGAAAAGUGACCCUGAUCACGGGUGCCAGCUCGGGUAUUGGUGCAGGUACGGCCGUCCUGUUUGCAAAACUGGGAGCUAUCCUGGCACUCAAUGACAAAGAUGUGGAGAAUCUGAAGAAAGUGCCCAAAGAGUGUACAGAGUGUGGUGACGGAACUCAGCAUCUGCUUGUGCCCGGCGACCUUACAGACGAGGACACAGUGAAGAAGACGGUGGAGGAAGUCAUCGCGCGCUUCGGCCGGCUGGACGUCCUGGUGAACAACGCCGGCAUCCUGGCCUUCGGCGGCAUCGAGACGUCCGACCUGGCGACGUACGACAGGGUCAUGAACAUUAAUGUCAGAUCUGUCUACCAAUUGACCCAACUCUGUGUGCCUCACCUGAUCAAGACCAAAGGCUGCAUUGUCAACGUGGCCAGCGUCGCUGCACUCAGAGCGGUAUGGACAUUCCUAAGGGGUGGGAUUCUUUAUCCACAUCACGAUUCGAUUGGAUUGUGA